GCACUCUUGAAGCCUAGGCGUUUCUCAUUUGUAAGCAGAUCCUUCCUGAAAACCUUCCCAGGCAGCAAAGAAUCACGGGAAGUUCCAUUCCUUGCUUUCUCCUACAACAGGUGUCUUUGUUCAGUCACCUUUUGCACACAUUAUCAACUCUUGCUGAGUCAAGACUGGUAGAACUACAAAGACGAGAAGGAGUACUUUCAUUUCUACCACGGAUUUUCAACCAGGAAGUUGAAGGCAGAAAACCUUAAUUUAAAAAAAAUGCUUUUGUGAAAAGAUUCCCUACCCCAGUGACAUAUUCCGAAGAAUAAAGUGGAGGAUUUAGAAUGACAGUCAGGGAUUUGACCCACUGAUGAUGAUGAUGAAGAAGAAGAAUUACUUGUUUACAGUAUGGAUCAGAGCUGCCUUCAUUGGGAAGAAAACAAGUAAGCUCACGUUAGCCUCAGCAUUGCCAAACUGCAUUACUAAAAUAGCUUUUUGGAUUAAAUACGAGAUAUUUUAAUCUCAAGGAUUUGUUCUUCAUGCUUCCUUUAUUUAAACCUAUUAAAAUUCUGCCUAGUUUUCACAGCAAUAAUUUGGUGCUUUUAUUUCUCUCUUAUUCAAACACAAAGGGUAUUUCCCAGGUUUGCUUUUUAAGUGCAAAUAAUAUGACCAUGAAGAUUUUGGGAGUACUUGCUGAGAAAAAUGAAAUUGAGGGCAGAGCAAAGUUAUAUUUUCAUUUUGCAAGUGACAAACAUGUGACAUUUUGCUAACAAUUGGACUUGGAAGCAUACAUUUUGUCAUUGCAGUAUCACUUCUGUCAUUAUGUAUAUACCGGUAUAUAAUUAGGAUUUUUAUCACAUGGCUAGGCAGGAGAGAAUAUUGCAGGAAACUGCAAUAGAAUGAGUCAUUUUUAAAAUAUAUUCUAUUUUUUAAUGUUGUUUUCCAAUAUUUUACAACAUAGAUGGAAAUACAAUGUUAAAAAGUUUUUUUUAAAGGUUUUCUUUAUUGGUAUGUUGGUCAAUCUAUCAGUUCUCUGAAAUGACCAACACCUUUUUCAAUUAAAAAGAUGGGAUAUUGCACAUAAAAGUGAGUUGGAUUCUCUUUCAUCGAAGUGAAAAAAUAAUUUAUUUCUUGUGAAUGAAUAUCAUUUAAAUAAGAUUUUUACCAUCUUAAUUUUUGACUAAUGAAGAAAGCUUGGUUAUGUUUUAACCUUCAUUUGAAAGAUACCAAUUUAUUUUUUUAAUGUUAGAAUAAUUUUUUAAAAAGUCAAACCUGCCUUGAAAACAUAUCCAAUCAUGCAAAUAUGGAUUCUUUCCGAAAUAUCCGGCAGGUUAUACAGAAAAAAAUCCCAAAUCAUGACAAAAUGCUAUUCAUGUCUACUGUGCAAAUCUUUGGAAAAGGCAUAAAAGAACUCGCCUUGAGAAAUCUGACUCCUCCACUAAAAGGAAUCUAGUGUGAUUAAAUAUUGCAUUUAAAGAAAGCUUUGUGAGAACAUAGGAGAUCUUCACUGUGGACUGAACCGUUCCUCUUUCUCUCGGCUUCUUUCGGAAUUAUUUUUCUGUUGGAAGAUUACUUUUUAUGGUUGAAGAAAACUUAAGGAAAGACUGUCACCAUAUGGACAUAUGAACAGGUGUUUCAACUAUCUCUGACACCCAGAGACCAAGGAAACUCCCAAAGGAAAAGCGGCAUCCAGGAACUGUUCUCAUUGGCUGCGGGAGCUUUUCUUUCUUUUUCCUUUUCCUUUUUUUUUUUUUGUUUCUUCAGUGACACUCCCUGUCUAAUCACUUCAGGUGGCUGCUGUGAAAAAGUCACACUGAACUAAGCUGAACUGAGCUAAUCCUUCGUCCUAUUGCUGGUCACGGCUAACAAGAGUUUGCUGACAACAUGAUGGAAGAAAUUUCCGUUGUGAUGGCCUACGAUUCUCAUGUCUUUAGCCAGCUGUAUGAUGAAGAUUUUCUAGCCAGCCGGGUGGCAAACAGCAAACCUAGAUAUGUGGUGCCUACAAAGAAGCUGAAGAAAUAUGAGAGGGAAUAUCAGAUGAUGAGGGAGAAUCAGCUGCAGCAGGAAGACCCUUUGGAUCGAUACAAGUUGUUUAGUUGUUUGAUUAAGAUUAGUGUUAAUUGUUUUUUUCCCCCCUUCACGCAGCUAAAGGAGAUCUUCAGAAAGCAGUUAGAGAAGGCAGAAUCUGAAAUAAAGAAGACAAGUGCAAUCAUUGCAGAAUACAAACAGAUUUGUUCCCAGUUGAGUAGCAGACUAGAAAGACAACAAGUGGCCAGUAAAGAAGAACUUGAAGUUGUAAAGGGAAAGGUGAUGACUUGCAAACACUGUAGUGAAAUUUUCAGUAAAGAAGGAACACUAAAAGUGCCUGCUGCUAAAGACAGGCCAGGAGAAGACACGGAUGAUGAGAAAGAUGCCCUUAAGAAACAACUGCGAGAGAUGGAACUGGACUUGGCACAGACUAAGCUGCAGCUUGUGGAAGCCAAAUGCAAAAUACAGGAACUGGAGCACCAGAGAGGAGCACUUAUGAGUGAAAUUCAAACUGCCAAAAACUCUUGGUUCAGCAAAACUUUGAACUCUAUCAAAACAGCAACAGGCACACAGCCUCUACAGCAGCCUCAACUCUCAUCGUCACCUAAAGAAGGCAGCACAUAGUUCCAGCUGUGCCCCAUGCGCAAGAGCACAAUGGACUAAAUCAGCUGAAGCCCCUUGGCAGAGAACUUGUUCAAAGGGGAAGGCAGGGGACCCAGCUGGGAAACCGGUUCCUUCUGUGUCUUUCACUUGUUUUAAUGUGGCCCUUUCAGAGGGAAGUUCUAUAACGGUUCUGUUUCAUGUGGAAUACUCUUCCCAGCUGCCUUGAUGGAAGCCCCAUCUCAGUUCUGUCAUAUUUUACAUGUCAUUUUGUAGACCUAGAUGUUGAAACAUGGAUAAUUUAGAACUACUUGUUCCAUAUGUUGCUAAAAUUAUUUAUAUUUUUUAAAUCUUUCAAAAGAAGAAAAGAGCAAGGCGAUUUGUCAGAAUGUCACGGUUUGCUGAUAUCUCAGAACAACUUUUACAUCUCUCAUUCCUCCUGGCAAAAAAUGCAGCUGAUAUUUUAAGGUUUGACUCUCAGGCUACAUUAACAAUGUAAGUGGGAAAACGAAUUCCAAAAAAAGAAAAAAAUAAGUUACUAAAUAAGAACAUGCAGUAAAACCAUGUUUCUUUUCAUAUGUUGCCUUUAAGAUUUCCAUAAUUUACUUAUAUAUUGCCACUACUCUCCUCACCCCAAUACUGUAUCUUUUGCCAAUCUGCAGAUUAUGGGCAUAAUCUAACAAACGUUUUUAUGAGCAACGACCUUUCAAAUAAAAUAAAAUAGGUAAAUUUUAAUGGGGGAUUACACCCUUGGUGCUCUUGCACUGUUUCCAUUAAUAUUAAUAGGGUUUGUACAGGAGACAGAAAAUAUUCAUGGUAAAACGUGUCCAAAAUGCAUAAAGAAAAGCUAAUUAAUGAUUGGUAGAGCAAUUUUUGAAAUGAUUCCUGUGUCUCUCUGGAAAUCAUACUUGUUUUGUAUCUUUCUAAAGUGCAAAAAAAACAUUUGUUACAUUUUUGAAUUGAACAUAAAAUGUUUAUAAAAUUGCUUAUUUCAUGGAGAAUUAAAGUGCUUAAAUUGAUGGAUUUUUAAAAAUUAUAUAUAAUGUGCAUAAUAAUAUCUUGCAGGUUAACAUCACCACCAAAUGACUAUUAGUUGUGUAUUUGGUUUUCAUGCUAUGAAAAACGUUCCAAGGUUCUAUUCGUUUUAAUCCAAAUUAAUGCAAUAGGCUUUUAGUCAGUUCUGUAAAAUAAAGUUUAAUUAUGUUGGC